GGGUAGCACUUCCGGUUCGAAGGACGCCGACAAAAUGGCAGAAGGUGGAAGAGAAGAAAAUCAUCUGCACCAAGACGAAGAUGACUUCAAUGUGGAAGAGUUAGACCCAUUUCGAGCAGCCAAAUAUGCCAGGAUAUGUUUCUCCGGAUCAGAUGAGUACUCCUCAUCAGGUGAUGAAGUGAUCGACCACGUCAGCAGGAGGAAGUACUCCACCAAGGACAAGGACAGGUGGGGAGGGGGGGACGUGGGGCGGGGUCGAGCUGAGGACACUGCCGAGCUGGGGAGUAAUGAGGAUGAUGAUGAGGAAGAUGAUGAUGAUCUGGACCUGGAUGAUGAGGGAGAUGGAGACUAUGACACAGAUGUAGAAGACAAUGAGGAAGAGGAGGCUCCUGUGCUGAGACAGAGGAAGCCUGUCACCAACCUUCCUGAGACAGUUACAACACUAGACACAGAGGAUGGGGGGAAGGUUUAUGUCAUAGGAACUGCUCACUUCAGCGAGGAAAGCCAACAGGAUGUUAUUAAGACCAUCGAGAGCGUCCAGCCAGACGUGGUACUGGUGGAGCUGUGUAAGAGCAGGGUCAACAUUCUGCAGCUGGAUGAGAAGACUCUGCUAGAGGAGGCCAAAAAUAUCAACAUUGGGAAAGUUAAAUUAGCCAUUAAACAGAGUGGUUUAGUGACUGGACUGAUGCAGAUCCUCCUUCUCCACAUGUCAGCACACAUCACUGAACAGUUAGGCAUGGCCCCUGGUGGGGAGUUCAGGACGGCAUUCCGACAGGCACAACAGGUGCCCAGCUGUAAGGUGCACCUGGGAGACCGACCCAUCCAGAUCACCCUACAACGUGCCAUAGCAGCCCUGUCUGUGUGGCAGAAGCUACGGCUGGCCUGGUACAUGAUCAUGAGCAAAGAACCCAUCAGCAAAGAAGAGGUUGAGAAGUGCAAACAGAGGGACCUGCUGGAGGAGAUGCUGGCAGAGAUGACUGGAGAGUUUCCCGCGCUCAGUAGGGUGUUCGUGACGGAGCGAGACCAGUACCUCGCACACUCUCUGCGCCUAGCCGCCCGGCCAGUGCCUACCCAUGAUGCACAAGGAGUUGUACCAGCAGUCGUGGUUGGUGUGGUGGGAAUGGGCCAUGUCCCUGGCAUUGUGGAAAAACUGGGGCAAGAUUGUGGACAUCCAGAGGUUACUCAGUGUGCCCCAAACUUCUCGAACACAGGUGAUGCUGAGGUGGACAGUAAAGCUAGGGCUGCUGGGACUUUUAGGUUACGGCUGCUGGAGGUUUGCCAAGUGGUCAAGUCUCAUGAGAUAGGUAUCACACUGGAGUUUUGUAUUGGUCUCCCAUAGUGGUUUUGCAAGACUCAGUGUCUCAGUGUCCAUCUUGUGAGAUUUUGACAUUUUGAGACCACUGUUUUCAAGAUUACACACCCCUCAGAUUGUUAAUGUUCUAACAUCUGUCUUAAAAUGGUUUCUCAUGACAUUAUGGUAACAUUUAAGCACAAUUAGACUUUCUUCCUCAUCAUGUGAUGUCAAGCUAAAGGAUGUUCCCAGAUCCUACCAGCUGCCAUUUUUUGUUCAUACCAAAGUUGGCAGGUUGGUGCAAGGACGUUAUAUGAACGUCCUUGGUUGGUGUAUGUAUGACAAGAAGGUAUCUGGAAGUUCUUUGAUAAACAUCCAUCCAAUCAAGAUACAAUGGCUGCCUUAUAAGGCCCAAUGGAUGACCAGAUAAACACGGCAAUUUUGAACAGGUGACCAAAUAUGGAAACAUCCCUGUGUCAUAUUGUUUACAUUUCAUGUAUGUGAUAUCGGAAUUAGGGGUUGGGUAACUGAUAUUCAUGUUGGUGGUGGUUAGUAGAAAUAGGUUAUACAUUCAGGUAGACAGGAUAGGUAGUCAAUGUAGGGGAAGGUUUCCAUACAAAGAACAUCAUGUACUAAUGUGUUCAUAUAUUCACCAGUGUAUACAUUAUACAAAUGUACAAUGUAAAUGUUUUACAACUAGACCAUUAAGAUGUAUGAAGUUCCUCUUAAAGCCAACUUGACAUAAGUGUUAAUAGUUUUGGUCAAUAUGAUAUAAAGAAUAUGGGGAUUUCAUGAAAGACCAUAAAGUAUAUUUAUAACUAAGUCAGAAUUUUUACCCCAUUAACAGUGUUCCAUUGCUCUUUAGCGCAUGUGUUCAUGUUUCAUUGGUUGUGCACUAUCUGAUCUAGAAGCCCAUCCUUCUGUAGAUGUGCUAAUCACAACACUAUGUACAACAAGUAGUCCGCUAAAAAUGCAAGCCUUUAAUCAUUUAGUUAUUGGCAAUAAGUAUUCUGAUUUUCUAAAGAAGUCUGGUGGUUUGUUAUGUAACAGUUUGUUUUGUAGGGUUAACAAAACAGUAUGGUUUACUGAAGGGGCCAUCAGGGUAAAUUUUGUUUGUAAAAGUGAUGCAAAGGUACAGAACUCGUGUUCAUGUUUUCUAAAUUCAGUUUGUGAAGUUUUGCAGUUCUGUUGGUUAAGUUGGGUAUCAACAUUCUGUAUGUAAAUGAAUAAAUGCUGCAUUAAACUAAC